AUAAUUAUAAAUGUCAGUCGGAAGAUGUUUUUUUGAGGUGCUUCACAUAAUAAUAUUUGAUUUUAAUAUACUUUUCUAAUCAUGGGAGGCUCUCAGAGUACUCGUAAAGUCACAAUUGAUAAUGAAAAUGCUAUUCAAGUGUCGCAAGAGGCAUUAGACAGAAUACAAGCUCAAUUGACAAGCAAACAAACGCAACAAGCACAAGCACCUCCUCCACCUCAGUAUAUACCUCCUCCCUCCUACGAUCAACGACCAAACCAAGAUUACAUUGCUGAGGAAGCAUACUGGGCGCGUCGAAUAGAAAACUUAAAACGUGCUCAUGAGAAAAUAAAUGCUGGUAUGGUCCAGGAAUACCAAAAGACUUUAAAAGAAGCUAAUGAAUUGUUUGAUUUAACACAAACUUACAAAGUUGCUACUAAAUUACCACCAUGUCAAGAAGAAAAAGCUAAGGUCCUAGAGUGCUAUAGUACAAACCCUGGAAAAUCCUUAACUUGUUCAGUGCUAGUAAAUGAAUUCAAUGAUUGUGUCUGCAAGAGCAGAGUUGCUGCUGUUACUGCAUCAUCUUGAGCUAACAGCAAGUUGUACAUAUACAGGAAAAUAAAAGUACCACACAUUUAAGGGAUUUUGGCUCUGGAUGUAGAUUUGAUAUAAUUAAUACUGUAUGAAUAAACUGUUAAUUUA